CGUGGCACCAUCGCUAUUGUUAUUGUUUGGCAGGCUGUGUGUGUGUCCGCCUCCUUUAUUCACAUUACCUCCCACCACACCUCAGGAAGACACUCUAUCAGUAAUGGAAUUUGACAUGACUGAGCCCUGAAGUGAGGCUGGCUUGGCAGUGUCACCUGGCCACCCUCACCCUGUCACUAUUGAAGCCAGCUGUGUCAGAUUAGCAAGGGGCUGGAGAUGACCUAGGGGAAGAACUACUCAGAGAAGAGGAACACAACCACCACCACACCACACCACAUCACCACCACACCACUAGGGAAGGAGGAGGUGCUUCAGAUAACACCACACACACAACACACUCACCACUCACUCACCAGGACACACCAAGCACACAGCAAGCUCUAGGUGUUAUUGGUGAGUUGAGAAAACGUGGUCUGUAACUGUGUAUCUCAGUGGAUUUACGAGACACUUAAGUGGUUUGUUGUCUCUGUGGUUUAGAAAUCUAAAUUGAAGAAUGAAGCACUAAAUUAAUCAGUGUUGUGGCUGCUUCUGUGUCUCAAUUGAAGAAAAAACAAAGAUUUCCAUGUCAAAACUCAAUUACCUAAUGUGUGUACGAGUAUUGAGAGAGACUGAAGCUUUUGAGUCAUGGCAAGCACCACUGUACAAACUGAACCAUGAACACUGAGGGGGCUGCUGUGGCUACUCCCUGCAUCUGAACUGUAGAACCUAGUGUGUGCAUAUGUGUGUAUGUGUCACCUUUAGGAACACCAGCACCAUGAGUGAACUGAGACAAGUGCGCAUCACCAAGUUUGAGUGUGAGGAAUGCGGGAAAGUCCUCACGUCAAAACAGAACCUCAAGAAGCACAAGUUUACACACACAGGGAUCAAGAAGCAUGAGUGUGACAUGUGCGGGAAGAAGUUUUCCGAGCGUGGCAGUUUGAAAAAGCACCGCCUCAUUCACCUUGGGAUCAAAAAGCAUGAGUGUUGGGAGUGUGGCAAGCAGUUCACCGACAAGAGCACCCUCACCAAGCACAUCCUCAUACACACGGGAGAGAAGAGGUUCAAGUGUGACGUGUGCGGCAGGGCGUUCACCGAGAAGGGCACACUCACGGCUCACAAGUACACUCACGUCACCGAGAAGAACUUUAAGUGUGAGAUGUGCGGAAAACUGUUUGCGGCACAGAGCAUUUUGAAUAAGCACGUCGCGUUUCACUUAGGCAAGAGGAAGUUUGAGUGUCAGGAGUGCGGGAAGGUGUUUGGCCUGCGUUCCUCCCUCAGCAAGCACGCUGCCGUCCACACUGGCUACAAGAAAUUCAAGUGUGACGAGUGUGGCAAGUGCUUCUCGCAGAAAUGUAACCUUGGGAAGCACCUGAUGACACACACUGGGGAGAGGAACUUUGUGUGUCCCGUGUGUGGCAAGGCUUACAUUCAGAAGUCAGCGUUGGGGCAGCACAUGCUUGCCCACACGGACGCCAGGGAGUACGUGUGUGAGGUGUGUGGGAAAGGGUUCAACAAGAAGAACAACCUGAACCAGCACCUCUUGAUCCACUCCGGGAUAAAGAAGUUUGCCUGUGAUGUGUGUGGCAAGGCUUUCACUCAGAAGGGGGUGAGGGACAUCCACGCCCUCACUCACCAGGACGUCAGGAAGCACCAGUGUGAGAAAUGUGGCAAGCUCUUCACACAGAAAAGCUCCCUCAAGAAGCACUCCCUCACACAUGAAGAGGGGAGGCGAUUUGAGUGCGUGAGGUGUGGCCAGCUCUUCCCCUCCAAAAAGGAGCUACGUACGCACAGACAGACACACACUGCCGAGGACUGCGAGUGUGUAAAUUGCGGCAGAACAUUCACCUGCAAGAGCUCCCUUCUGCGCCACACCGUUGGGCAGAGCAAGUUCGAGUGUGAGAUAUGCGGCAAAACAUUCUGCCACCGUGCCGACCUCCUCCAGCACACACACCUGCACUCUGACCUUAGCCUAACGAGCUGUGUGGACUGCGGACAGGUGUACCCCAUGCAGAACGGCCUUGUACCGCACACCUGCCUCUUGGUGCAGGAUACGGUGCUUAUGAGGGGGUCGGAUGGGGCAGUGAGUGAUGGGGAGCUGAGUGUUGGAAAUGAGAUGAGUGAAGGGGAGGAAGAGGAGGAGGAGAAGUGGAAGGUGAAAGAUGAGGAUUGUGAAGGAGAAGAGAAAGCUAGUGUGGGUUUGGUGGCGAAGGAAGAAGAGAGGGAAGAUGAUGGUGAUGGUGAGAAGGAAAUGGGUGAAGAGAAGUGGAAAGUGAAAGCAGUGGAUGAUGAUGAAGAGAAUGAAGAGAAAAAGGAAGUGAUAAGACAGGAGGAAGGAGAAGAAACAAAAAUAAAUUAAUAAAAGUGAAUAAUGAAUAGGAAAGAAAAAGCUGAUGAACUAAACGAUAAAAAUAAAAAAUGAAGAACUUUGAAAAGAAAAAAAAAUCGUACUGAAAAAAAUGCUGAAAGAAUAAAAGAUAAGGAGAAUAAAGAAGUAGAAGAUGACAAAAUAGAUUAGUACAACGCACAACACCACCGUGAAGUGUUGGUGUUCCUCUCAUACUCUGGUGCUGUACAUACUGGUGGCUUCUGUGAUAGUGCUGGUAGAACGUACUGUUAACAAUGUGUGUGUGUGUGUGUGUGUGUGUGUGUGUGUGUGUGUGUGUCAAAUUCUUCUUGGUGUUGUUACUGAAUUUCUUUAUUCUAUUUUAUUUAUUUAUUUUUAUUUUUCAGUGUGGAAAGAUUUUGGAUUUACUGGAAAAUUUUUGGGUUAAUGUUUGCUCUCUCUCUCUCUCUCUCUCUCUCUCUCUCUCUCUCUCUCUCUCUCUCUCUCUCUCUCUCUCUCUCUCUCUCUCUCUCUCUCUCAUAACUCAAUUUUUUCUUAUAUUUUCUCAAUGAAUGUUUUCCUUUUCAAUGUUUGAUAUGGCAGCCAUCUCGCUUUUUCUAUUUAUUUAUUUGUUUAUUUAUUUUAACAUUUUCUAUCUCUUGUUUCCUAUCUAUUGUUUGUUUGUUUGUUUUCUAGAGUGAGUCUUGCAAAAUUGACACAGUGAAAUGUCUGUCUGUCUGUCUGUCUGUUUACUUUUUUAUUUAUUUUUUUUGUUUGUCUUUGUAUAGUUUGUAGUGCAGAAAUAUUGUUGCUUUAGUUGUUUAGUUUAUUAUUGUUUUUCAUUUCACUGUGCAGUUUAGUAGUAGUAGUAGUAGUAGUAGUAGUAGUAGUAGUAGUAGUAGUAGUAGUCGACCAUUAUGCAUUAAGGUAUGUGGUAAUUCUGAAUACCAUGUAGAAGUAAGGAACAAUAGUAAUAAUAGUAAUGAUAAUAGUAAUCCUUAGUUAUUGUAGUAAUGGUAGUAAUAGUAGUAGUAACCCUUUGUAAUAUUGUUUUGGCAAUUAUCUAGAAAUUAUUAGUAGUAGCAGUUGUAGUAGGAGUAGUAGUGAUCCUUUGUAAUAGUGUGGUUUAUAAUAUUUGUAGUAGUAAUAGUAGUAGUAGACGUCUAUAGAUCCAACCGGCUAACCAAUACAUGACACCCCCUCCCCCCAGCACUGUAUACCCUACCAAAUAUACAUAAACCUUACCUGUAUCCAUUGUAUUCUUCAUCACUGUGGUAGACGACCAGACUCACCAUUAACCCCUUCAGUACUGGGACACAUUUUUACCUUCAGAUUUGUGUACCAUUAGACCAUUUGACAUUAGGAAGGCUCAGAAAAUUAAUGGCCUGAGUCUUCACUAUUUUCAUUCCUCACAUAAGUUUCUGAAGCUGUAUAAAAUCACCAAAUAAUAAGCAGGGGAUAUAUUUUUAUGAGUUUUUGGUACAAUUAGAUGAUUUUAUUGACAUUAGAAAAGGUCUAUGGAGGUCAGAAGAUUAAUGGCCUGAGUCUUCACAAUAUUAAUCCCCACAUAAGUUUCUGAAGCUUUAUAA